AGUCGAAGGGGUAGAGCAAAGAUGGUGUGGCGCGCCGCCUCGAUGGCAGCGAUGGCUGUGGCCCUCAUGGCCAUGCUCGGCGCCAUGCAGGGAACACAUGAGCCCAUCAUGCUAAGAGAGGACGAGGACCGUGUGCGGGAUCCGGCGUCAUGGAGGACCAUGAGAGCAGAUCAGCUGAUGCGAUCGUAUCGGUACGCUAUGGGGUACGGGGACGACAGAUUGAAGAGCGUGGAGAUGGGAGGUGAAGGAAAGAAGAGCAAGACUUCCGGUAUCGACCACAGCAAGGCUCGCGACAUGUCUCAAGGUAUGAUCAACAAGUGGUCGAAACUCAAUCGACAAGUCUUUCCCCGAUCCUUCGAGGAGGAGGAGGAAGCUUCCAGUCUUCUUCAUGGCCAUGGAGCACGCGUAAAGCUUCAUCCUAAGAGGAUUCGCUCCCAUCGCCCUUCCUCUCCUCACGUGCGAACUAAGCAUGCCGUCCUGCCUGCGGUACACUUGAACAAUGGAAUGUUCAGCCGCGAAGAGGCGAAGAGAGAGGACAAACGAUUCUCAGCCAGCCAGGAACUCUCGAAUUAUGCGAACCUGAACAACCAGAUCUUCUCCAAGUCUCCUAGAGCUGCGAGGUGGCACAAGGAGACUGCAGACGAGGAGUUGGCAAGCAUGCAGAGACUAAGCUCAGCCGUGCUGCCCCCCAGGACACGGAGAUCUUCCCCAAGGCCAACACGAAAAGGCGAUGGCAUCGCGAGUCGGCUGACCAGGUGA